AUGGAGGAAUUGAAAAAAAAAGUAGAGGAUUUAGCAGAUCAAAAUGCGAAGCUGAAGGAAAAGUGUAUAAAGGAAAGUAAUAAACGAGAUCUGGAAAACAAAGAGAUAAAUAGGCAGAUAGAGGAACAGAAAAAGGAAAUACAGGAACUAAACGAAAAAUCGGAAAAGUUAGAAGUGAAAGUUGAAGAAUUAGAGAAGACGCUAAAAGAAGUUUCGGAAAGGUUAGCAUCGGCACUCGCAACGGCGAACGAGACGGAAGGGGAGGGAGACGACGAGUCGCAGCCUGCGAGCGGAGAUAUACAUAGAGCGGCAGGCUCGGUGUGGAGCACGACAUGUACAAGGAGCAGACGAACCGCAAAGAGUAGUAUUAGGAGAGCGGACAGCCGUGAGAGCACCUGGGCGAGCGGUAUAUCAGACGGAUUCACUGAUAAAGAGGUAACGCAAAUGAAAAAAUUAUUAUAUAAUAAAGAUAGGAUAGAAAGAGCAUGCAACAUAGUCGUGAAAGGGGCACAGAAAGAAAUAGAGGAAAUAGAGAAAAAUGAAAAUGAAAAUUUGAGAAAUGAUUUCAAGGGAUGGGUAGAAAAAUUUUUGAGCAUAAAAUUAGGUAUCAAGCUAAAAAUAAUUCACGCGAGAGUGGUAGGGGGUCGAGAUAGGGUAAUUAUUGCUAAAUUGGAGAAUGAAGACGAUAAGAGAAAGAUUAUGACAAAUAAAUCUAAGCUUAAAGGAUCAAAAAUUUAUAUAGAAAGUGAUUUGAGUUUUGAAGAUAGAAGAAAACAGGAGGAAAUAAAGAAAUGGUGUUAUGACAGAAGGGUUAAGGGCUGGAAGGUCAAAAUUGGGGUAGGCAGGGUAUGUGUGAAUAACCAAUGGAUAAAGUGGGAAGAUAAAGAGAGUAUUAGGAAAAUUGAAUACGAGGAAGCAAAAAAUGACGUAGUAAGACUGCGAAGAGAAGUGCCGGAGAUAGCUGUGAACCGGGUAGAAAACAAUCAGAAGAAAGGAGACGAAAGAGGAGAGAGAGGAGGGGAGAGUAGUCGUACUGAAGUAAUAGUAGAAAUUAACGAUAGGAACAAAGGGAUAGAUAGAGAAUUUAGGAUUGAAGAGUUAGAUAAGGAAACAAGGAUAGCCAUAAAUAAAAGAGCUAGGAAAAAUCUGAUAGGCAAUGGAACUAAGAAAAAUGCGAUAGGUGAAGAAACUAGGAAUAAGGAAAUCAAUAACCAAAAACUAGGAUUAGGGAAGAAAAGAGUGUUGUUUUGGAAUGUGCGAGGCUUACUAGGUAAAGAUAUGGAUUUUUGGAAUUACGUAGUUAAAAAUGAUGUAGUGAGCCUGUCAGAAACAUGGAUAGAAAAGAAAAGAUUUGAUUACGUCAAAACGAUACUACCACAUGAGUUUGAAUGGGAAAUUAUAGAAGCGAGGAGAAAAUGCAAGGAAGGGAGAGCAUCGGGAGGUUUUGUGAUAGGAGUAAGAAAAGACUUGAUAGGAAGCGGUCACACAAGGACAAUAGAAAUAGAAGAAGGAUUGGUAAAAACGGAGAUUAUUAGUGCGGAGGAAUCGUUCACCUUCUGGUCAGUAUAUAACUCGAAAAAUACAGAAAAAAUUAUGGAAAAACUAGAAGAAAUAGAAGUUAACGAAGAAGGAAAAAUAAUCAUAGGAGGAGAUUUCAACAUAAGGAUAGGAGAGAAAGGUAGACACAUUGUUCUCAGCGGUAAAGAGGACUAUAUCUAUAGGAAAAGUAAAGAUAAGAAAUGCAGCAACAACUGGGAAAAGAUAGUGGACCUAUGUGAAGGUAAAGGAUGGAAAAUAUUGAAUGGUAACACACAAGGAGACAGAGACGGAGAGUUUACAUAUAUAGGAGAUAACGGGGUUUCGGUAAUUGAUUAUGUAAUGGUGAAUGAUGAGUUGUGGGACGAAGAUUUAGAGUUUAGGAUAGAAGAUAGUAUCGACUCGGAUCACGCACCCUUAGUACUAGAAAUAAAAUCAGAAGAACACGAAAAAAUUUAUCAAAAUUACACAGAAGAAAAAAAAGAGAUCUGGAAAAAAAUGACAAUAUGGAACGAAGAAUCAAUAAAGCAAUUUAAAGAAAAAACCAAAGAUUUAUGUAAUAAGCUAGUAGAAAAAAAAGAAGAUAGCGUAGAAGACAGAUGGAAAGAUACAAAAGAGAUUAUAGGAAAAGCUUGGACGAUUGAAAGGAAAAAAAUUAGAAAAAGGAAGCUAGGUUACAAAAUAUGGUGGGACAAAAACUGUUCAAUAUUAAAAAGAAGAGCAAAGGAAAAAUAUAAAAGGUGGAAAAAGGGAAAGAUGCAAAAAAGCCAUUACCUAGCAGCCAAGAAGGAUUGGAGAAAGACAUGCAAAGAGAAAGAAAGGAAGUGGAAAGAAGAGCAACUAGUGGAACUAAAGAAUCUCAAAAAUGAAAAUCAAGAUAAAAUAACAGGCGAAAAGAGAAAAACAGAAACAGAAAGAAAGGACGAGGAAAAAAUUAUAGAGGCAGAGAUAAGAGCCGCCUGGAAAUCUCUGAAGAAAAAGAAAACGCCGGGCUGGGACGAUAUCCCAAAUGAGGCAUGGAUUUAUGGGAGCGAAGAAAUUAAUAACAAACUGAUAGCAAUAAUAGGAAAAAUAUGGGAUGGGGAAGAAAUACCAGAUAGUUGGAAAACAGGAGUUAUUGUCCCAAUUUUCAAAAAAGGAGAUACUAAUGACACUAACAACUACCGAGGAAUUACGCUGCUGCCCACAGCGUAUAAAAUUUACGCGCAAAUUAUUAGGACGAAACUCGUAAAAGAGGUAGAGGAAAAGAAACUUUUGCCGGAGGGACAAGCUGGAUUUAGGAAAGGAAGAUCAACGUUGGAUAAUAUCUUUAUUUUGGAUCAUGUGAUAAAAAGGGCAAAAAGAAAAAAAGAAAAACUAUACGCGUUAUUCAUAGACCUGAAGGCAGCAUUUGAUACGGUAAAUAGGAGAAAGCUGUGGACAAUCCUAGAAAGGAUAGGAGUAAGUAAAUACUUGACCGAAAGGAUGAAAGGAAUAUAUGAAGAAACGAGAGUCAGAGUGAGGACAACAGACGGCACAACGGAAGAUUUUUGGACGGAACUAGGACUACGACAGGGAUGUGUUUUGUGCCCGAUUCUGUUUUGUUUAUACAUAAGUGAACUAGAGAAAAUGUUCAAAGUGAGAAACGUUGGAGGGAUAAAAAUAGGUAAUUCGAGAAUAUGGACCCUAGACUAUGCAGAUGACAUAGUACUCCUAGCUCUAAAUAGGGAAGCUAUGUUAGACAUGAUAAGCACACUUAGAUUAUUUUUAGACGAGAGGGAUCUAACUUUAAGAUUUACGUUCAAUGCUCAAGGAAAUUAUAAGAAUCACAUCAAAGAAUUAAAGAAGAAAGGAAUAACUGCAGUUAAAGAAGUAUGGGGCCUAGGAGAAAGAGCGAUUAAGGGAGAUAUAGGUAGAAGAGAAAUGUUGUUCAACUACUUAGUGAGAAGUGUGAUAGAAUACGGAGUUGAGCUAUGGGGAUGGGAAGAAAGAAAAGAGCUAGAGAAUAUACUCUUGACGUACUGGAGAUGGGUAUUAGGACUAGAUUUUUGCACUGCUAGGUAUUUAAUAUAUAGGGAAAUAGAUAUAGAAAAGAUGAAAGGCAGAUGGGGAAUCAGGGCACUAGAAUUUGAAAAAAAAUAA